AUGGCGGCUGGACUCAAGACUAUCAUCGCGCUUUCGUUCGUCCUCGCUAUCGGGUUUCUCCUCGUCAUCCUCUCCUCCGCCCUCUGGCACAAGUACUGGCCGCUGCUGGUCGUCGCCAUUUAUGUGAUUGCGCCCCUGCCGAACUGGAUCUGCGCACGAUGCGCAAACCCAGAUGAUUUCAUGGAUAGCUCGAGUAACUCGGCUAUGGACUUUGGGCGGUUCAUGACCGGAUUUCUGGUCUUGACGGGUAUUGCACUCCCCGCCGUCCUGGCGCACAGCGGCGCAAUUGAAAUCCCAGCCAUGAUCAUGUCGAUUCUCGGAGGAUUGCUGAUCUACGGCACCAUUAUCAGCUUUUCGAUGUUUUUCAAGGAAGAGGAGGAAUUCUGA